UCUUCACUUUGGAGAUAACUGUCAAACUCAAUUUUAAUCUGUUGCUUUAAUUUACUGUCCUUUAAUCUCUGCAAGAACAUAAAGGACUAAUAAAUGGAAAUAAAGCAAGUCUAUUACCUAUUUGUUUUUUCCUAUUUCUUUAUUGUCCGAUUACUGUUCACAAUUUGAAUUAUUGAAUUGAUAGUAGUAAACUAUCUGACAGAACAGCAGAAGUGAGAAGACAUGAUCAUUGAGCGUCAUUGACAUUGAGUCAUGCAGAUUUUGCAAUACUAAACUUAACUUCCUGAGAGUAUUGAAUGAUUGAACCUAAAGAAACUGAUAGAUUCAUACCACAAGCCGCCCACAGGCACAGAUUACUGACCAUCAACAGGUACAACAUGGAGCCAAUAAGAAGAAGAAUGAUCCUCCGAGUAUUGUUUGAUGUCAUCUGCAUUGCUUGUGUUGGUCUGCCAGUUAUAAUCCUUUUCUUCGCGGCGAAGCCAUACCAGCGUGGAUUCUACUGUGAUGACCAGACAUUGAUGCACCCGUAUCUUAGCAACACCAUUCCCACAUGGGUUGCAGGAUUUGUUGGAAUCGUUCUGCCUUGUGUUACUAUUUUAGUCAUAGAAGGUCUCAAGGCAUUCAAAUCACAUGUCACACUAUACCACUUCAUUGGCACAGUCUACAAGCUUGUAAUUCCAUUUUUCUUCGGUGCCGGACUGUGUCAGCUGACUACGGACAUUGCAAAAUACACCGUGGGGAGAUUGAGGCCACACUUUCUCACUGUUUGUCAACCAGACGCCGCUGUGUGUGCCAUUAACUCAGGUUACAUCACAGAUGAUAUUUGUAAAGGAACAGACAGUGCAGCCAUUGAAGAGGCCAGGCUGUCAUUUCCCUCCGGUCACUCAUCUAUAUCUUUCUACUGCAUGAUUUGGCUCAUGGCCUAUAUCCAGUUCAAAUUCACAUGGAAGCGUUACUGGCUGGUGCGUCCUGUCUUCCAGGCCAUAGCGUUCUUCCUGGCGUACUACACAGCCCUGUCUCGAAUUUCCGACUAUAUGCAUCACUGGAGCGACGUCCUUUCCGGUGCCAUCAUUGGCAGUGUUAUAAGUCUUCUCAAUAUAUUCUUCAUGUCCAAUCUAUUGCCAUGGCGAAAGAACAAAUGCCAGGACUGCAGUACAUCGCUUCCCCUUUACAACCGACCUGUAGUCAGGGAUACGCCGAGUACAGAUCCCGCCAUGCCUGUAUGAUGCCAAGUGCAAGAUACAGCUGUUUAGAUACACUACACAAAUAGUUUCAUUACAUUGUUUAUUUUAGGCCAUAUACUUACAUUACGUGAAUUUUGACUGAAUCAAAAAAUCUAUGUCUCUAUUUAUGACUUCGAUGUUUUGGAGGAACUAAAUUAAUUCAGAAACUAAGGAACCUGUUUAAUGUUAUAUUGACAAGCAAUUUAUUACAGGAUUGCAUUCAUGUUUCUUUCUGCUUUACCCUAAAAUAUUAUUUUGUGUUAUUAGAUCAAUCCACUAAGGAGUAGUGUAAAACAAUUAUUGUAAUUAUAAGAAAGUGACCAAUUUUUGCCUAGUUUAGUUACUGCAUACUGCAAUAUUGAAUAUAUAAGGCAGAGAUCUAAUUCAUCAUGUCUAUUUGGCAUGAAGGUGUUCUUUAGCUUGACUUAACACAUUCCUUUCAAAUAAUGGCCUUAACCAAUAGAUACAAAUACCACACUCAUGCUCAAACUAUACCUUUGAUGUAAUCUGUGAUAUGUUGCAUUUAUUCACAAAUUAAUAUUUUUUAGAAUUUUAUUGUUUAUAUCAUAUGUUUCAGAACUUUAUAAUUUAAUCAUAUCAAUUGUAAGCAAAUGUCAUGACCAUCGAAACAGAAUUUUUGCCAUUUUGGUUCAAAAACUUUAAGUUUAUGAGGUGAGAAAAUUCUCAUACAUCAGAGGUUUGAUGAUGAUAAAUCUAAAUGUGGUACGCAAAGCAUCGUCACUCUGAUGUCAGAGAAAGGAGGUGAUUUGGGUGCAUGUAUAUUUAAUGAUUAGUAUGUAUAGAUCAAUAAUGUUUAUAUGUAUUAAUAAAUAAUGUUUAUAUUUUAAACGGAAUUGGGAAUCUGUUAAGGUGAAUAUGUAGAAUUGACUUUCUGCUUCAAUCAUUAGUGUUUGUGUCCCCUUGCUCAGGUGUUUUACCAGAAAUACUUAUAUGCAACAAGUAAUUCCUUAUCCUUUUUAUUUUGUGAUCUUUGUUUCAAUAUUAUAGAUUAAUAUAAAAUCUUAUGUGCUUGGAGGUCUUUUAUACCCAUAAGUUUUCUUGAAGGUAUUUUUUAAUUUACAAAUAAGUGUUAUUUGUAUGUAACUGAAUGUUAUAUAACUAAUGUGUUACAUUGCAUUUAUAUAUACUUAAUGCUGUCAUGAAAGACAAUGUUCUGUUGCUGAGCUGUUGAUAAUUUCUACCAAGUAUUAAUUGAAAAAUCCGAUUUUACCAUGUUGCCAAGUUCAAGAAGUAGGAUGCAUAUAAGUGAAAAGCCUUCUAAUUUAUCCACACAAUACUUAAUCCCCACGUACCUGUUACCAUUCCGAUAUGGGGGGAAAUUUCCAGACAAAUACAAAAAAGGCAAACUCCAACAUGGUUCAAUGUAAUAAAUACAAUCUAAAAUUGUUCAUGAAAACCAUUCGUUGUACGUGUUUGUAUAUGUUCUUUCAAUUGGCUACUUAAAUGGUUGUCAUUAUUUUAAGGUAACGUUGCUCUUUAGCUACAAAUCAUUCAUAGAUUGUAAAUCACAUAUAAUCAACUGGGUCUUCAUAAAAAAAUUAUGUUGUGUAAAUGAUUAAUAAAGACAUAACAGCUAUUGCAUGCUAUUUAAAUCUUAUUACAUUCUGACAUAACAUACCGUUAGUAUUAGACAUUCCUCUUAACCUGUGAUUUUGUGACCUUUUCAACUGUUUUAUAUCUUACGAUUAUAUUGAAACCAUAUUUCCAUUUUUUACAUUAUGAGUUACUUACAUGUUUGAAUUCUUGAGUUACAAACUUUUAGUCUGAGUGUCAUAUAAGUACUACCUGAAGUGUCGCUGUUGGCAGCAGCGGCAAAACCUUGACCAACAAUUAGUAAAUAAUUAUAAUCCAAUCAUGAUGAAAAUUGGUGACAGUGUUAAUGGGCAUAUAUCUCAACCCAAGUUUGAUGGUUGGAUAAAUCACCUGGGUUACUCUUUAAAUAAAUUUAUAUUUUGUAGCUUUCUUAUUGUCAAUAUGAAACUUCUUGCAUCAUUUUGUUGUUACAACUUAUCACUUUUAAAUGUUUUUAAAAAUUCUAUUAAAUUUUAUAACAUCAAAACUCAAGCUCAUAGGCCUAUAUAGUACAUUGUUUUUUUUAUCUAAAACUAGUAAGAUGAAAGAUGAUAAAUUGAUUGGUGCAAUUAAUUUAAAAAAACAAUUGUGUUUUUAAAAAAACAAUUGUGUUUUUAUUUUGCGCUGUUUAUGCUCAGCAGUGUACCUCAAAUGUCUUCUGUUUAUACUCAUGAGAAAACCUAACAAAUGCAUUAUACAGCUAUUGUUGGUUGGUUCGUUCUCUGUUUAGAUUCAUACUGGUUAGUGUGUUUUUUAUAUUGGCAUACCUUUACAAAAUAUAUUUAUUUUACAUUCUGAACCUCCAAGGUACUUCCUUACAAUUACGUCAUAUAAACAUAGAAUAGCGUAUGUUAUUAUACUUAUUAUUGAUGCCCUGUUUGCCGAUUUCUCAAAACUACUUAAGUCUGUUAAAACAGGAUUAACCUACGCUCACUAUUUUUGUUCUUCUAUGAUUUAUGACGUAUUUACUUUUUUGUUUGUUUUUUUGACUGCUUAUUGAAAUUGUCUGUCUGUUAAACAUAAAAAACUAAGUUUUAUUUAUCAAAAUCAUGUAAAAGUUAGAAACUGCCAAAGAAAUAAAGCCACUUUAGUCUGUUAAGCUUAAGAGGUUUCGAGAAGUCAGGAUGCUAUACGUGUGUGUGGUUGUUAUAAUGAUAAACAUGUUUCUGGAAAGUAAUAUAUUAUUAUAUUUAAUAAAGAGGAAGAAAAUUG